AUGCUGGGAGCAGUCUUGGCGGCGCCAAGUGACAUCGACGACGACAUCGAUCCCGAUCGUCGUAUCGUGAACGGAACAGACGCGAUCAUCGAGGACUACCCUUUCAUGAUUUCGCUCAGGAGCAGCAGCGGUGGUCAUUCAUGCGGUGGUAGUAUCCUAUCCGACCGUUGGAUCCUGACUGCGGGUCAUUGUGUUGGUCCAACCACUCCAGACACACAGACGGUUCAAGUCGGACGUACGAACAUCUCGCGCACCGUCGACGACUCGGUGUACUCGAUCGAGCUGGUCGUGAUCCAUCCCGAAUACGAACCACGCGAUAGCCACAUGAACGAUAUCGCACUCCUGAAGUUGACCCAACGUCUACGAUUUAGUGAUCGCGUGCAGCCGGUUCGAUUGCCGCGGUCCUUUAUGGAAGUAGCCAGCUCUUCCGAUCUGGCCGUUACGCUGAUCGGCUGGGGUCUAAAUGCUACCUACGGGUACGCACCGACCACACUGCAGCAGGUCGACUACUACAUCGUGCCGAACGCGGAGUGUGACGGGUUUCACAGCAGCACCAUCUAUCCGUCACAAAUCUGCGCGGCCAUACCGGAAGGAGGAAAAGGCCAGUGCAGCGGUGAUUCCGGAGGUCCACUUCUCUACCAUGGGGUGCAGGUCGGCAUCGUCUCGUGGAGUAUCAAACCGUGUACCAUCGCCCCAUAUCCGGGAGUUUUGACCAAAGUGUCUCAUUACAUUGGCUUCAUCCGUCAGUAUAGUCGCAUUUUUCACUGA